AUGUACCGGCACAACGAGCUGCACAGGACGGAGACUUUUAAGCCAAUCAUGCCUGCGUUAUCUCCGGUAAGUUCCUAUAGUUUAACCAUCUAAAAUGUAGCAUUACUUUUUAUACAUUUUACAUUGUUAGGUGGUCUACAACGGCCCUCGAAUCACUUCGUGUGGACGGGCCGGGCGAUGCAAACCCAUGGAAGUUUGUGUGGCUGCGCAUUUCCAUCCUGCGGAGCCCGAGAAAUGCGUUCCAACCGGCUACGAUUCAACUUCUCAUCUGUAUGAAAGAAUUGAAGACCUUGAACUUAUUAUUUUAAUCAUGUCUAUUCUGAUUGUCCUCCUCCUUCUGGUUGGGCUACAAUUGGCUUGUGUUUUUUGUAGGAUCUCCAAGAAUUACGCGACCAAAGCGAAGUCUGCGGAUGCCGAGGGUAUCAAUCUUAUCUAAACUUCUUUUGGUUUUUAAUGAUCCAGUUUUUUUAGUUCUUCCGAAUCUGUUUGAAAUCAGUCGCUAAAAAAUCAUUCAACCUGCGAUAAACAACAUUUUAUUGACUCUAGAAAAAGGUGUAAAUCUCUCAAGUCCAUUUUCUUCAGCUUCAAAAAGCACCUUUCUAUUUCUUUCCCAUUGGACCUGGAGGAGGUGCCAUGCGGCCAGCACCGUUCACCAUGGACGCGAUUGGAGUCAAGAUGGCGUUUGGAAUGCUGGCGAUCCCCGAAAGAAUUCCUGCAUAGUCCAUUGGCAUUUGAGCGUCAACGGGGCUUACAACAGCUAAAACAGAGUCGGAGAAGUCAUCACAAUAUUUUGCAGAUAUUGCGAACCCAUUCCGCAGACCUACCGAUUAUAAAAACACAAAGAAUUACAGCUAAAAGUUUCAUUUCUGCCCUCCGGGAAAGUAAGUGCAAUGUAUUCCGUGUCCAGCGUAUAAAUAGUCGUCUAGUCGAUGUUACAUACAAAGGCAUACCGAGUAAUAAAAAUCAGCAUCAUAAUAAGACCCAGUAGUCACAGAAUUUGAUUAUAAAUUUCAUUUCAAUGGGUUUGCUUUGUAAAACAAUCUUUUUGACAGACGGUAACACGUUUUGAGACUGAAAAGUCGUUUACGCGUUGAUAAAUUAGGCUGCGAUGCAAACAAAAAAAUUGGCUCGUUAGAAAGUCAAGAGGGCUUUGAUGAUCCCGAAACAUUCAUGAUUACAGUGUAUCUUGAUAAUUCUGCCGGGACAAUUGUAAGUCCAAAGUUGUUUCUUGGAAUAUUAUUAGUCUGGUGGGAGAAUAAUGCACAAUGUUGCAUCCAAAGUCGCUUUGCCGCCGAGAAAAUGAACUGUAUCGCAACAAAAUCAAAUUGAUUUUCAGUCGAGCGAUGCGGUCGGCGAAAUGAUACUGAGCUCAUUACUUUCCCGACAGACUGUAAAUUUUGAUGUUAAUUUUGUAGCGUGUCUCAUAACCGCUCGCGGAAUCUAAGAGCAACAUAUUUACCACAUUGUCAUCACUCAUUCCAAUUUUCGGUUAGUUGGGACAGUAGCUGUCUACUUCAUUACCAUUUGUAAAAGGCUCUCCGCAUUUUCAGAGUCAAAUCUAUUGAAAUUAUAAUUUUGAACAUGUUCGGUUCUUCAGACAUUUGUAAAAUACAUAUAAAGGUUCUUCGACCUUUAGUCCAAUUUUAUUUUGAUUCCCAAUGCGACUAAAAUUACUGUCAUUUGCAAUAUGUCUGCUUGGUAAUUUUUUCAAAACUUUGUAGCUCUUGAAUUCCAAAAGUAAUAGCUUUUUGACCGCUUUGUUUCAGCAGUCACUGUACGAUCGGACUUGGAGGAGUUUGAGGACAAUGCGAAAAAAGUUAUACAAGUUGUCUCAGAGGGCGCCUCUGCCAUCUUCGGGCCUCAGGGCCUACUGCAGACCAUCGAGAAAGGCGUGAAACAAGUGACGGGUCAGCAACAACCGGAGAUAAAUCUUGGUGGACUAAAAAUUAAAAUUCCCGAUGUAGUAAUUCAGAAGGCCAAUAUUGCUGAAAAAGAUGACGAUGAAGACGAGGAAAGGGACGAUAAGGCAAUAAACAAGAAGGAAGGAGACGACGAAGAUGAUGAAGACUCUCCGAACAACGAUGACAAAAACGAUUCAGAUCAAGAAGGCGACAACAAAAAUGCAGAAGGGCAAGACAACACUGAAAGCGAGGGAAACGAUGAUGAUGGCAGUCCAAUGAACAAUAUUGGAGCGGAUAACCUGAAACAGAUGCUUCAAGGACAAGAUCUACGAGAACUUGUGAAGGGCCUAGGUGGUGGUGAUCAAGGAAAUCAAGAAGAAGACGACGGCGGAGACGAUUCUGAAGCUGGAACUGAUGAUGAUGGAGCUGGUGAGGAUUCUGGUGCUGGAAGCGACGCUGGAGCCGGAGGAGAAGAUGACGGAGAAAACCCCGAAGGCUUUGGCGCACGUCCUGCAGCUGGACAAGGAAGUGCCGGUGGAGGAGAUAGUGAUCAAGACAAGCUGCGUUGGGAUGUAGCCUGACUACGUCGCUACGCGACUCGUCAGCCUACAUUCCCAACGCGGGUGUGCGCGCAAAGCGCCACCAAAUUAACCUAAGCCUAAGCGGCUAAGCAGCCUAAGCAAACUAAGCCUGAGCUAAGCCUAAGCAGCCUAAGCGGCUAAGCAAACUAAGCCUAUGCGCUAAGCACCGCGCAGUGCACCUUAUAAACUCACAGUGAACCUUCUCACCGCACAGUGCACUCGCGAAAACCCGGAGAAAAUAAAAAAAUUUCGAACCCGCGCGAACCCAACCGAUAUCGCCCUCGGAAAAAUACUGGGACCCGAAAUCGACGAGAAAGCUAGAGAAAUUUUUGCUCUCUCACGAAAAUGCAAACUCAACUUUUGCCACGCCCCUUUUUCCACGUUGCGACACGGUUUGCACAGUGCAAUCUUGCCAAACGAAGCCUUUCCCAAUUUGCACCGUGCAAAAUUUGUUGGCGGAGUGUCGCAAAAUAUUUUGCAGACACUCCCCUUCGAAACCUGAAAUUUGGAAAAAUUUGCACAGUGCAAUCAACAAAAAAGCCUACGUUCGUAGGCUUUUUUUCAUUUCGCACAGUGCGAAAAACACCCUCCAAACGUUUUCCCAGGCACCCCCCUUUUGAUUUUCCCACUUUCCCCCCAGACGCACCGUGCACUCUGCAUUUUACCCAGAGAGCUAGGCUUUUUCUCAAUUUGCACAGUGCGAAUCCCAAUUUUGGCUUUGUCGCUGCGCGAAUUUUGGCUUUGUCGCUGCGCGACAAAGCAAAAGAAAAAAUCCGCACAGUGCAUCCUUUCGAAAGUGUUUUUGCACAGUGCGGAGGCCCCCGCGCUCGGUCCCUUUUUGAUUCCGAGAGAGCCACCCAUGGCGCAGUGGGUAGCGCGGAAGUCUGGCAAUCUGAAGUCCCCGGAGGUUCAAUCCCCGGAAAAAAAAUUAUACCACGUUGUAGUACAAUUAGAGGGCCGUCAUAUUUUGGGUUUUUUACCCAAAAGUUUUGACUUUUUCGGGGUGAAAUAAUUAAUGGAAAAUUUGGCCAGAAUUAAAUUCGGCCAGACCGUAUUUUAGAAAAAUAUGCAGAUUUUUACACUCCUCCUGAUCGAGUUUUCAAUUUCCGAACGAUUGAGCCAGGUCCUGUCUUCGUAUCUCUACUCGUUCAAAAGUUACGGUACUUUUUAUGUUUACGAUGUUACAGUAACUCGGUUUCAAGAAAUGGCGGAAACGCGUCAACUUUUGUUUUGAAGAGCUAUUUAAACUCAGUAGAAUGCUUUUUGAGGCGGGUGGAUACGAUCAAAAUUGGCCGAGAUACUGUAUUUUUAAGCCAGAUACCUUGUUACAGUAAUCCCUCGUGUAGCGACAGACCUGGAACCGUGAAAUACACCUUGAAAGACGUGUAAUGACGAGUACUACCAGUGCUGUGAAUUUUGUCCGGCGCGAUUGCGUCAACGCUGAGAAAAUGGCGGAAAAGCGCCUUACGGCGCAAAAGCUACCGUAACCCACAGUAAGCCGAAAAAAAUCGGCGAGAUAGGAGGACUAUGAUACCACUUGUGAUGGUGAUUUUUCACGUAGAUUCAGAAUUUGGCAUCAGAAUUUGAAAUUUCCUUCAUCUACACCUGUAGCCUAAGGGUGAAAAAAUUGAAAAUGUUACAGUAGCCGUAGUUUUGAAUUUACAUGAAAGAAUCCAAUUAGAAAGUUUGAAAGGAAUAGAAAACACGUCCGAUAAAGAAAGAAUGGUACUCGGCGCUCGUUUCGCUCGCGAGAUGUUUUUGAGUAUGUCACAAAAUCACUUCGCGAAUUGUUUAGAACCGGGGACUGUAACCCGCCGUCCGAAAACCACUUCAGGCGCUUCCAAAAAACGCUCCGCAACUUUCCAUGGCAGCGAUUUUUGAUUAAGGUCCUAGUUCCGGAGAUACGAAAAUCGGAUUUUGGAUUUGAAAUCCGGAUAUAACCAAUAUGCAAAUUUUUGUUCAAAAAGCAUGUCAGAUUUGGAGUCAGCGUGAAAAAUGACCCACAGUGCAUGAAGGAAACGUGUGGAUAGCUGGCCGUUUUCAUGUCGAAUCGUUUUUGACUUUUUGGAACCUUCCAGUCCCGAGAGCCGCCCGCGAUGGGGACACGACCGCGUUAUGUAGAAAUUUCUGAAAAUCUAUUUGAAGUGUUUUGCAAGAGAUCUAUCGGAACGGGACCUGGCUAACUAUCUUUAAAAAGCCGCAAAGGUGGCUCAAAAAAGGGGUACUUUUUAAAAAGUCGGUUUUUUGCAAUUUUCAAAAUGACACUCCAACUAUGGUGAAAAAACGAGUACCAUAUUCAGGUGUAGAAUUUCAUUCCACGAAUUCUGAAAAAAAAAUCGGCAGCAUAGCUCCAAAAAGAAAGAAGAAAACUCGAUUUUUCAGUACCGACCGGUCGAUAAUGACAGCCACUAAAAAAAAGUCAUUUGGGUAUCACAAAGAGUAAAAAAAAGAAUGUAUGGAAAAAAAAGUGAAAAAAAUUGAAGUUAAGAGGAAACGGUCAGAAGCCCUUAAUGUAGAGGGGGCGCGGCGGAGCGCGGCUCCCGAAACCGACGAUGGAGAUUCUGGUGCGGGAGGUGAUCCUAGCGGUCCUCGUGCAGGAGACGUAGGUGACGCUGGCGAUGAUGCAGGAGGCAAUGGAGCCGGCGGAGGAGAUGCCGGUGCUGGCGGUGGAGAUCCCGGCGCAGGCGAUGCUGGAGGAACUGGUGGUGGUGACCCAGGAGCUGGCGGAGCCGGUGGUGAUGACCCUAGUGCUGGCGGAGGAGACCCUGGUGCUGCCGGAGCUGGCGGUGGGGAACCCGGCGUAGGCGGAGCUGGUGGUGAUGACCCUGGGGCUGGCGGAGCCGGUGGUGGGGAUCCUGGAGCUGGAGGAGCCGGUGGAGGAGAUCCCGGUGCUGGCGGAGCUGGUGGUGGCGACCCUGGAGCUGGCGGUGGUGAUCCAGGAGCUGCUGGAGCCGGUGGCGGUGACCCUGGAGCUGGAGGAGCUGGUGGAGGAGAUCCCGGUGCUGGGGGUGCUGGUGGUGGUGACCCCGGCGCAGGCGGAGCUGGUAGCGGUGACCCUGGAGUUGGCGGAGGCGAUGCUGGAGGCGGCGGCGGAGGAGAUCCCGGUGCUGGGGGUGGUGACGCCGGAGGAGGUGGAGGAGGAGAUCCUGGUGCUGGCGGAGGAGAAGGCGGAGACGAGAAAGGCGGGGAGGACCAUGCUGAACUCGCACACGGAAAGCCUGAACUCGAGGCCACCGAACCCAAAGGUAAUGAGACCUCGUUGGACGAAGAGAUAGCAAAGGCUUGUAAAGGCAAAUCGGAAGAAGACAAAAAGCAAUGCAAAGAGCUGAAGGCAAAGAAGAAAGAUCUCGAGGAGAUGGAGAAAGCCUGCAAGGGAAAAAGCAGUGGCGAUAAGAAGAAAUGUGAAGAAUUGAAAGCCAAAAUCAAGAGGUCCGAGAGUGAAGAAGGUGGUGAAGAAGAUGAUGAAGGUAAAGCAAAGAAAAACGGCACUAGCGACGAGGACAUGAAGAAGGUUUGUUCGGGAAAAAGCAAAGAGGACAAGAAGAAGUGUGCCGAACUCAGGGCGAAGGAGAAGCAAGAUGAAGCGCUGGAGAAGGCCUGUAAUGGCAAAAGUAAAUCGGACAAAAAGAAGUGCGAAGAAUUGAAGGCAAAGAAGGAGAAGGAAGAUAAAAAUAAGAAAGAUAAGGAGUCUGAUGACGAAGAAGACGAGGGUAAAAAGAAGGAGAUGAGUAAAGAAGACCUGAAUAAGUUGUGCAAGAGUAAGACAAAAGAAGACAAGAAGAAAUGUUCGGAACUAAAGGCACAGAAGAAGCAAGAAGAAGCCCUGGAAAAGGCUUGUAAGGGUAAAAGUAAGAAGGACCAGAAGAAAUGUGAAGAACUGAAGUCAAAGAAGGAAAAAGAAGACAAAAAGAAGGAGAAAGAAAAGAAAAAAGAUGAGGAUGAAGAGAAACAGCCGAAGAACGAACCAAAGGAAGAGAUGAGUAAAGUUUGCAAAGGCAAGAGCAAAGAGGAUAAGAAGAAAUGCGCCGAAUUAAAAGCCCAGAAAAAAAUUGAUGACGCUAUGGAAAAGGCAUGCAAAGGAAAGGGCAAAAACGACCAAAAGAAGUGCCAAGAAAUGAAAGCCAAGAAAGAAAAGGAGCAAAAGGGCAAAGAGAAGCCGAAUGAUGACAAGGAGAGCACAAAGCAUAGCGCGGAAAUGGAUAAAGUUUGUAAGGGGAAAAGUCCGGCCGAUAAGAAAAAAUGCCAAGAACUAAGGACAAAACAAGGCAAGGAGGACAAAAACGAGCAAGAUAAAGAAGAACGGCCCAACUCAAAGGCCGAUAAGCAACAAAACGACAAGGAAUGCAAAGGAAAGUCGUCGGCUGAAAGAAAAAAGUGCUUGGAGUUGAAAGCCAGACAAAGCAAAGGAGACAAACCGAAGGAAAGCCACAAGGAAAAAGAAGGUGAACACCAGGAAAAACAGCCGAAGGAUAUUGAAGGUCAAUGCAAGGGAAAAACAAGAGGAGACCGCCAGAAAUGCAAGGAGAUGUUGGCCAAAGGCAAAGGCAAACCGAAUGACAAAACAAAAGAGGUGAAAAAAGAUGGAGAAUCGAAGAAACCGGGUAAGAAGGAGGGUAGUCAGCCCGCGGACAAGUUACGAAAGAAGCCAGAAAACGAUCAGAAGCCAAGUAAGAACCCAAAAUCCGAGCCAAAAAGAAAUAAGGAAAAUACAAAGAAUCAAAACGACGAGAUGAUGUCGCCACAACAAGAUGACUCACCAAAGAACCCCAGAAAAAACGACAAAAGCCAACAGCAAGUUUCUAGGAAUAGAAAGAGCUCGAUGGAGGACUUGAAGCUUCAUGGAAACAAAGUCAAAGAACAAGACAAACCAAUGACGCCAAGAAGACCUCCGCCAACCCAACCAACAACCCGAAGAACAACAACAAGUCGAGCCACAACUAGAAGGCCAAUGACGAUGAGAACAACGAGAUUUACUCCUCCAAAGUUUACCAUGAGGGUAAGUGAGCAAUUUGCGCUGCAUAUCGAUUUUUUGAGCCUUAGCAGUCUGUCGAAAAAAUAAUGAUCACAAUAUCACCACGCCAAUCGUGUCGCUGAAGUGAAAAGCAAUUUGAUUUUGCCGCGACACGAUUCAUUUUCUCGGCGGCGAUGCGAUUUUCGAUGCGACAUUAUUUUCCCGACAAGCUAAUAUUUUAUUUCUUUGUAGACCGAUCGAUUCACACUUUAUUUUUUCAGCAAACUCCGAGACAACAGAUGUUUACAACUCGAGCGUUCCGUGCCCAAAACUUCAAUCGAUUCACAACAAGGCCGCCGUUUAUGAAUCAAAUGGGCCAACGGCCGUUCCAAGGGGCCGGGCAGAUGCCCGGUCAACAAGCCCGGCCGGCUUACGGAUAA